UUACGAGACAUCACGAUGAGAGUUCUGAUUUUGUCCGCCCUUAUUGCUUGCGUAUCCGCAGCACCGUCGUUCUAUGCCGCGGUACCACUUGCCGCGGUAGCAGUACCAACCAUCGCAGUAGCUCCUACCGUACCACCAGGUGACAUUCAGGCUGCCGCUAUCAAUGCUCAGGUAAAAGCCGAAGACCAGGCUCGUUUCUUUGCCGACCAAGCCAGGGAAUUAGCCGAGCAAGCCGUUGAAAAUCAAAACGAAGGAGUAGUUGAGGCCAAUGAUUUGGUUAAGGAAAAAUCAGAGGAAGCCUUCUGGGCUGCAGAGGAAAAGAAAUGGCAAGCAGUGAGCGAAGUUCAAAUCGCCGAAGCUAAAAUUGACGCUUCAGCUGCUGAGAAUGCAGCCGCUCUUGCCAAGAGCUAUGCUUUGUCUGGUAUUGUUCCCGCUGUAAGUGGAUUCCCUGCUGCAGCCCCCGCAGCUCUAGCCGCAGCCCCCGGAGUUACAAUCGAAUCAGCUGGCAGUGACGAAAAAUCCGAAGCUGCUGUCAAAAGCGCGGCGGCAACCGAAGUCAAAGCAGAAGAGAAGGAAGCUGUUAAAUCAGCAGAAAUUGAAAAACCCGUUGAAUCUGAAGCUGAAAAAGCCAUCGAAAGUGAGAAGCAACCAGAAGCAGGUGCUGAAUUAAAAUCAGACGCCUUGGAAGCACUCAUAGCUGAAACCGCCGCUCUACAGUCACAGUUGAAAUCCUCCCUCGCAGCACCUGUAGCUAUUGCUCCUGGAGCACCUGUAGCUAUUGCUCCUGGUUUCAACUACCAACCCCUCGUAGCCCCAAUUUCCUAUCAACCUGCAUUCAGAAGUUUUCCCAUCAACACAAUCCACCCUUACUCUGCUCCAAUCUACCCCGUUGGAAACCUGUGGUAAUUAAUGGAUAGAUAACGUCCUAUUAAUAAUAAAAAAAUAUUUAAAAAUA